GCAGUGGAUUUUUCUCUCUCUCUCUCUCCUCUCCUCCUUCGGAAUGGAGGCGAGUGAGUAAAGAGUGAGUAAGGAGUGAGUGAGUGAGUGAGGUUUUCUCUCCCUCACACCUCGCACUCUUUGCCUCACCUCCUCCCUCCUCAUAGGUGAAUCAUGAACCCCAGCAGCACACAAGCAACAGUUGGUUCAGCAUAUUUUAAAGCACCACCGCCUAGAGAGCAAUCAGCAUCUCAGGAGACAUUGCUGGAAUAUUUGGGCAUUAAACCGGCAUCGUCCGUGGGUGGAGACAGUUACGUCGAAGAGCCUCCGUAUGUUGUAGUUCCAAACAAGGACUUUAAUGGUGCUUAUCAGACCCCAUACAAGGACAGUAAAGAGCUGGAGGAAGUGUGUGAAGGGGAUGUCCCUUUUGUAGAGUGUCGUGUGGAAAUUCAGGACGGAGGGGAACCUGGUGCCAAACCGCCUCCAGAGCAUAACGAUUAUAACUAUAAGGUGAAAGAAGAACCACUGGAUAUCUUUGCAUCAAGUGACAAUGGCUACACCUCAUCGACCCCCUUCAAUCCCUUUUCCUCUGACGACAGUAGUAGCUACACCAGCUCGAGCAAUCCCAUCUACUCUGAUGCUAUGAAGAAUGAGACCACGUUAGACCUUCUCUGUGAUUCAAAGACUGGUGACAUAAAUCAAGUAGGGCCUAGAAAGUAUGGAAGAAAGAGAGUUUAUUCAGAGGGUGAGCCAGAUGAGAUCAGGAUCCGCCGAGCCAAAAGGGCAGCAGCUCAGCGUGAAAACCGGCGCAGGAGGAGAGAAAAGAUGACAGAUGAGGAGGUGAGAGCCUACCUAGCUGCCCAGGCUGCUGCACAGAGGGAGCGCCGCAACCGCCUCAGGGCCAUGAUGUCUGAGGAGGAGCUGCGGAGGCAGAAGGAGAUCACGGCAGCUCUGUGCCGAGAGCGGAGGGCAAGAAUAGCCGCUGGAUUGCACCCUUUGUAUGGGUCAUCAGAAGAAGAGCUUAAACGUCGGCGUGCGGCAGUCGCUGCUGCUCAGAGAGAAAACCGGAAGAAACGGAGAGAGAAAAUGUCAACAGAAGAGUUACAGAGACAUCUUGCCUUAGAAGCUGCUGCCCAGAGGGAGCGGCGGAAACGGCGGCUGGAGGGCAUGUCUGAGGAAGAGCGUGCAAGAUAUCGGGCAAUAACAGCAGCCAAAUACAGAGAACGUCGACAUGCGAGAAAAAUGGGCAUGACAGAGAAGGAGAGGAGGGCACAGUGUGCCAUGACAGCAGCACAGAGGAGGUUUGCAAGGCACAGGAGACAGUCGAGAACAUUUGAAGAUGAGUUAGACCAACAUUGCUCUGACUCCCUAAAUCGCAUGCCAUACAUGGAGGCCAAGGCCCCAGACGAGCAGCCAGAAGGGCAGGAGCCAGCAGCAGGAGACAGGCCGCAAGGAGGAGGGAGGCCAGAUGAGGAGCUCAGGCCACAACGUGCAGCUGCUGUGGCCGCCAUGAAAGAGCUACAACGCCUGCAAGAAAGUGCACUUGAAGAAGAGCGCUCAGCAUUGUUGGAUGAGCAAAUAGCAGCCCAGAACCUAAUUUUGCAGAUUUUAAUGCAUGCACAAAGGGCAGCAACAGUAGAGUGCUCUGAAACGCAGGAAGAUGGAGAGGAGGAAGACGGUCCAGAGCAAGGGGGUGAAGAAGAGAACACAGAAACUGGUGAUGGUGGAGGCACAAAGGGCUUGGGGAAACCAGCAAAGAAAAAGAAAGGGAAAGGGGGAGUUAAGGCCUUUGAUAAAGAGCUGCCACCCUACCUGGAGGAAAGUGGGGUGGAGCUCCUGGCCCAGCUGCUGGAACUCAAGCAGGAGCGACCGGAUGAGUUUGACCUGCCACCGCCACCACCACCCCCCAACGGGCAGAGUCAGUAUGAAGGUGGGGAGCCAGUACAAAGCCAGGGCCAAGAGAGUGAUGAUGAGGAAGCCAAGCAUCAUGAAGAGAUAGUCCAGCAAGUACAAUGCCUCAUUGAGGAGGAGGAAGGGGGGGAGAUCAAGUACAAUGAAUGCGAAGAGGAUCACCAGCCACCUCCAGAGGGACAGGACGAAACACUCUACAAUCCCCAACAGGUUCAGCCAGGAGCCAUUGCACAAGACCAGGUGGAGGAAAUGCGAGAGCAUGAACAGGUUGAAACAAAGCCAGAAGUGAAGUACCUGAAUCACGAGGAGGAACUACAAACGCAACACUGCAUGGAAAUACAGGGAGAAGCCACUGUUGGGAAGGUGGAGCACCAUGACAGCCCACAUUAUGGCAUGUCUGAACAGAAAGGCAGUCAGGAGCAAGGCUUCAUCCAUGUCCCACAGAGACACUAUCCUCAUUAUGGAUAUCACAUGGAAGGAGAACAUCCAAGGCAUAUCAAUUUUGGCCGUAGCCUUGUUGAACAGCACAGAAAUGACUUCUCUGAGAAGAUGUAUGAGCGACAUCCCUACCAUGGCCCACAUCCAGGUUACUAUCCUGGUGAAGAGCCACAUCCACAGGGUUUUGGUACUCCAUUAGAGGAGAUGCAGCGGUUCCACCAUUUCCAGGCUAAUCCAGGGAACUUUCACCUAUACAGAGGCAAGAACUUUUACAGCUAAGAACAUCAUAGAGAUCCUUUAUGGCUGGAGGCAAUGCGGAAGUGAACUGGAAGAAAGUUGUAGUGAAUUAUUUACUUGUACUUUAAGAGAAGGUAUAUUGUUGGGGUGGAAUCUUUAUUAUUGAUAUUAUUAUCUAAACUAAAUUGAUCUCAAAUGAUGACAAGGUUUGUCAUUAAAUAUAAAGUAAAUGAAUAGUUAUUUUGUCAAGAUAUAGUAUGGUAGAUAUUUAUGAGGACUGAAAUAACAUUCCAGAGUUAAGGACUGUAUGUUACCUUUAUAAAGUUUAUUUGAGGAGACGCCGAGCUCAGGUUAUGUACUUGCAAAGUAUAUAGUUGUUGUUUUUGGAAUAGAAUCAUUGAAUGGAAAGGUAUAAGUAUUAGAAGCUUUAGGUGUUUGAAUUUGAAAUCAUGAGAAUAUCUAAGGAUAAUUUAAUAUCUCAAGCUAUACCAAGGUAUCAUAUACUCUUCAAGAUAAUCUCACUGUUUAGUAGUGAAUGGUGAAAGUCAACUUUUGUGAUACAGAAAUAGGUUAGGUUACAGCUUGUAGGAAUGUGCCAAGGUAUUGUGAGAGUAAUAAACAGGGUUUAAUACUUGGAAAUGGACUGAGAGAUAACAUAGUACAUGAUCGCCCUUACAGACUGCAUUUCAUUCCAGAUUAAAGAUAUUUUCAGAUAUGAGAAAAAAAUAAGGAUGCCUUGCUCUGACAACCUCUGUAAACCUGUUUUUAACCAGGGUUUCCACAAGGAAUAAUGUUUGUUGUCUGUCCUGGAUUAGAUAUCCUUGCAAAAUUCAUGAAACAUGAAAUUCCUGUGAAUGCAAAGGUAAAAGGUGUGUACCAGAUUAAUCUCAAAUGAUGAUAUAUUUAGAUGUUGCAACCCCUGUGUAUUUCCUUAGUUUAAUUAAUUAUCUUAACUUUAUGCAGUUUAGGGAGAUGUGAAGUAUUUGUACGUAUAUAUGUGAUAGUUAUAGGAAAGUAUGUGAAACAUAUUUUGGGUGCUAAAAAGAAUUUGACCUGUUAUAAUUUCUAAAGUAUAUAUUUUGUUAAUUUCUGUGAUUUUUUAAAAGAUUGGUAGACAAAGAGAAAAUUUUAAUUAUUUUGUGUGAUAUUUAUUUGAUAGGUAGAUAUAAGUAGAUAGAUCCUUUUCUUCCCAACCACAUGAUGUUCAGCAGAUUUAUAAAAAAGAAUAUAUAUAAAAGAUAGGCAAACAAUAUACAGACUUGGGUUGAAGAACUCAUUAAGCACAAGGAAGAAUGAUCUCAUAUCAUUCAUUUCAUUUUUGUAUUUUAAUUGUUUAGAAAAUAGCUAACCAUUCAUGCCAAAUUAUAAAGAAUAGAUUAAACAAUAAAUAAGGUUGCUAAAAA